UUCUUGUCGUCCUUGGGCGACAUCGCAAAGCCGGGAGAGCAGCUGCGGCCACCACAGCCUCGCUAAGAUGUCGGACAGAAAGGAAGCAGCGCUCACCCACAGGCCCUGAAACCUCCGCCGCGGGAAGUACUUCCGGGGCGAGGGGCGGAGCCUCGGAGAGGAAGUUCUGCCAACCCAGACCCUGUGGCCGGAAGCGGGAUGGAGAGAUGGAUUAAGACGCCUUGGGCGCGUGCCCUGGGCGGUUGCGGACUUUGCCGCUAGUUGAGCGACAGCCUCGUGUGCUGUUUCCUGCCGCUCAGACGCCGAGGACAACUUAUUAGGUCCCGGCAACUAGCCGGCAUUACCAGCGCCCGAGCGCUUAGCUCCGAGUGCGCAUGCGCCGCACAUGUCGACGCCGCGGCGGGGAGGAGAAAGCUGAUGCGGUGCCUGGGCGGUCCUGUGACUGCGGUUCCGGGGCGGGGCGGGGGCGAAGCGGCCGAAUCCGAGUGGCCCGGCGGCAGCAGCGAUGGCGAUCUUUAGUGUUGGGCCACGCAGUGCUGGCCAUCAAUGGCGUGGACGUGAACGGCAAGCACACCGCCGACGGGAAAGAAGUGCUGGAGUUUUUGGGUAACCCUGCUAAUUACCCGGUGUCCAUCCGAUUCGGCCGGCCCCGUCUCACCUCCAAUGAGAAGCUCAUGCUGGCCUCCAUGUUCCAUUCGCUCUUUGCCAUCGGCUCCCAGCUGUCUCCCGAGCAGGGAAGCUCGGGCAUUGAGAUGCUGGAGACAGACACCUUCAAACUGCACUGCUUCCAGACACUGACAGGGAUCAAGUUUGUGGUGCUGGCAGAUCCUAGGCAAGCCGGAAUAGAUUCUCUUCUCCGAAAAAUUUAUGAGAUUUACUCAGACUUUGCCCUGAAGAAUCCAUUCUAUUCCCUGGAAAUGCCCAUUAGGUGCGAGCUGUUUGACCAGAACCUGAAACUAGCCCUGGAGGUGGCAGAGAAGGCUGGGACUUUUGGACCUGGGUCAUAGACUGAGGCUGCAACAGACCCACAUUCUGAGACCAUGCAGCAGGGUCCUGCCGUCCCAGCCCUGGUGGACCCCCAGCAGCCCUGUUAGUACUGAGAAUGGGAGGAUGCCGAGCCGAUGGCAUGUCUGGAUCCCCGCACCUUCAUGCUGCACGCUCUGCCUUCCGUGUGCAUAUCAGUCCUGCUGCCCAACUUUGUACAGACUUAUUUAUGGAGAGGUCGGCCCAUCGUGCGGUAAUAAACAUUUCUCUGAGCUCAG